CAACGACUUCCGCUUCUCGGGAUAAUACAAGAUUUUACAAUAGCAUUUGGUUGCUGGUCAUUAGUUAUUAUUAAUUGUGAAUAAUCAUCAUUUUGUGUGUGUCUGAGACAGUUUUUGAUGGACGCUGUGAAGUUUUAUAACGUUAAUGUUAAAGCGGAAAGAGAAAGCCACAUAACCGCCGGACUCAUUUUAGCGACGGACCCUCGUCGAGGUGUUUUGUUGACAUUUCUUUCCAGCGCUUCACUGCUCGCUAAUUAGUCAAAGUUCAAAUGUAAAUGUUACUUUUGUGUUUUAAAUGACUAUUUUUACAACAUGUGGAAGAAAGAAUCUGACCGCUUUGAGUUCUUACAAACGCUCGUCACGGAGUUCCAGGAUACGGACAGCGAUGAGGCUAAGGAGCAAGUUCUAGCCAAUCUGGCCAACUUUGCGUAUGAUCCAAAGAACGUGGACUUUCUGAAGCAGCUGCAGGUGCCUGACCUCUUCUUGGACAUGCUCUCAGAGGACAACCACAACUUUGUGGAGUUCGGAAUGGGCGGGCUGUGCAACCUCAGCACCGAGCCGGACUGCCGUGACGCCAUCCUGCAGGGGGGCGGGGUCUCCUUGAUCACAAACUGUCUGUCCAGUCCCAGGGAGGAGACCGUGCUGUCCGCCAUCACCACCCUCAUGAACCUGGUCACCCCGUCCUCGCGCCAGGAGAUCAGCCAGGCCGGCCUGGUGCAGUGCAUGUUGCGCUUCUCCCUCAGCGAGAGCCCCCGCCUGCGCAACCUGGCCGCCAUCUUCCUGCAGGACUGCUGCAGCCAGGAGGAGGUCUCACGAGCCCAGCAGCAGACCACGGGACAGCAGACUGUGGUCGGCAUCCCGCUGCCCAGGGACUGAAGCUGCUGGUGUCUCAGGUGGACUACUUGAUCCUCUUUAUUGACUCAUGCUUUAGCAUCAGGUUACUUCACUUUUCAAAAUGGAAGAAAUUAUUUUUUGUCCUCAAAAUUCUACACACAAUACCCCAUAAUGAAAUUGUGGAAAUUAUUUUGAUUAUUUUGUCCUCAAAAUUCUACACAUAAUACCCCAUAAUGAAAUUAUUUUGAUUAUUUUGUCCUCAAAAUUCUACACACAAUACCCCAUAAUGAAAUUAUUUUGAUUAUUUUGUCCUCAAAAUUCUACACAUAAUACCCCAUAAUGAAAUUGUGAAUUUUAUUUAGAGUAUUUUGUCCUCAAAAUUCUACACAUAAUACCCCAUAAUGAAAUUGUGGAAAUUAUUUUAAUUAUUUUGUCCUCAAAAUUCUACACGUAAUACCCCAUAAUGAAAUUGUGAAUUUUAUUUAGAUUAUUUUGUCCUCAAAAUUCUACACAUAAUACCCCAUAAUGAAAUUGUGAAUUUUAUUUAGAUUAUUUUGUCCUCAAAAUGUUACAAAUAAUACCCCAUAAUGAAAUUGUGGAAAUUAUUUUGUCCUCAAAAUUAUACACAUAAUACCCCAUAAUGAAAUUGUGGAAAUUAUUUGGAUUAUUUUGUCCUCAAAAUUCUACACAUAAUACCCCAUAAUGAAAUUGUGAAUUUUAUGUAGAUUAUUUUGUCCUCAAAAUGUUACAAAUAAUACCCCAUAAUGAAAAUAUGGAAAUUAUUUUGUCCUCAAAAUUCUACACACAAUACCCCAUAAUGAAAUUGUGGAAAUUAUUUGGAUUAUUUUGUCCUCAAAAUUCUACGCAUAAUACCCCAUAAUGAAAUUGUGAAUUUUAUUUAGAUUAUUUUGUCCUCAAAAUUCUACACAUAAUACCCCAUAAUGAAAUUGUGGAAAUUAUUUUGAUUAUUUUGUCCUCAAAAUUUUACGCAUAAUACCCCAUAAUGAAAUUGUGGAAAUUAUUUUGAUUAUUUUGUCCUCAAAAUUCUACACACAAUACCCCAUAAUGAAAUUGUGAAUUUUAUUUAGAGUAUUUUGUCCUCAAAAUUCUACACAUAAUACCCCAUAAUGAAAUUGUGGAAAUUAUUUUGAUUAUUUUGUCCUCAAAAUUC